AUGGAUAAUUUCAUAUAUUUUCAGGAAGCGCAAACGGUACAAACAGAGCCGUUGGAUUUAUCGGUGCGGAAAGUGAGUGAGGAAGGAUUACAAUUGCAGGAUUUAUCAAUUAAUGAAAUGAAUAAAGAACAGACGGAAACUUUCUCUCAAUCAUCGCAUUUGAGUACUCAUAAGAAGACGCAUACCGCUAAAAAGCCGAAUUGUAUGAUAUGCGGGAAAGGCUUCAGUAAAUUAUCGAGUUUAAACAGGCACAACAGAAUUCAUAUCGGUGAAAAGCCGCACAGUUGUGUGGUAUGCAAAAAAAGUUUCUCUCAAUCAUGGCACUUGAAUGUACAUAGGAGGACGCAUACCGGUGAAAAGCCGUACAGUUGUACGAUAUGCGGGAAAAGUUUCUCUCAAUCAUCGAAUUUGGGCCGACAUAGCAAAUCUCAUACCGGUGAAAAGUCGCGCAAUUGUACGAUAUGCAAUCAAAGUUUCUCCCAAUCAUCGUCUUUGAAUGUACAUAAGAGGAUGCAUACUGGCAUAAAGUACGAUAUGCGGGAAACCUUUCCAACCGAUGCAAUAUUUUGA